AUGCCGGUGCGCGUAUUCCAUCCAACAGAGAUCAUUUGCGACUAUGAGACUCACACAUUUUACGCUAUCGAUGCCUUCCUUGCUGGUGUAAACAUGCUCCAUGUAGAUAUCCACUUAGAAUAUCCGAGUAUUAUUACCAAGUAUGAUUGUUUGUCAAUCUUCUUGUGUGGACUUGUGUCUCGACCGCGUUUAUUUGAAUACUAUCGUGGUUGUUUGAAGUUCAUGUUUCAAAAUAGCAAUUUGAAUUCACAUUGUUUAUUCACUGCAGACCUUUUUUACUCUAACGAAGAAAUCCCAACAUGGAACUGCAGGGAGGUGCAUGACACAGCAUUUAGGAAUAGACACUUGUUCAACGAGGCUUUCGCUAUGCCAGUCUAUGUCAAGCAGACUAGAAGUGUAGCAACAAUGAAUAAUACUUUUGAUCAAGUACUUCCAAAUGUGGCUUCCAGUAACCUGAAUCAUAUUGCCGAAAUUAUUCGAAACAAUUCCAGAGUAGCGGUUAUUGUGUAUUCAAGAACCGCCUACAUUAUUAUCCUGUUUUCUUUGGUUGAACAAAAUUGUCGGGCUGAAGCUGAAGUCUUCCAUCAAUUGCUUUGUGACACCAUGUUUGACUAUGUUGUUGCAGCUUAUCUAAAUUGA